AUUGGUUCACGUUUUUGUUCGAUAUUGGUUAAGUUUUAUAUAUUGAAUAUCGUAAAGUUUUACUAUUAUGUCGCUAGUACUAACGAAAGCUGCUUUAGCCCUCAAAAACGCAGAGAAUAAUUUUCAAUUUGUCAAAUUCGAAGCUCAUAAACCGAAAAAGAAGCAAGCAGAAGUAGACAAAGAUGUGAACCUUUCUCAAAAAGAAUUGAAUCAAAAGAAAGACCUAGAUCUCAAGAAAAUUAGACACGAAGUAGUGAAAUUUGGUAUGUCAGGGUUCGACCCGUCUAAAAAAGAAGAAGCCAGGAUUGCUCUUGCAGUUAGUUUAGGAGCAAAACCACCCAAGAAGGAAUACCUCAACUACAAGGAACUAAUGCAGAAAAGAAAACAAGAGAAACAGAAGGAACAAGAAGAGAAGCAGAUGAUGAGAUCAAAGAGUAUACUGCAGAGUGGCGGAAAGAAAAAGAAAAAAACUGGAAAUGAUGUUGGGCACUUGUUAGAUACAUAUGGGAAGGUUCAGAAAAAGGAUUUGAAGAAAAAAGAAGGACCGAGUAACAAAAAGAAGAAAAAAAAGUGAUUAUUUACUUUUUAGUAAGUAUGGAAUUAUUUCUGAUGUAUUAAGUUAUGUAGUGUACACAAUUUUGCCUGUAAGCUUUUGCUGCAUAAGCAAAUUAAAUAUUAAAGAAGUA